GUGACGUCACUGCAGUUACACCUCGCACCUCGCUCUACGGCUGCUGCUGCCCAGUAUUGCGUGGAUGUUGUGACAAAUACUUUGUUUUUGUCUUCAUAAACUGUCUGUCUGCCAGCACCAAUUCUUCGUCUUUGUCGUGACUACAUCCUCUGACAGUGGACACACUAAUAAACACUCGCAGCAGCGCUUUGGCCGCUUUGGCGUGGAUCUAGAGCAGACGGAAGCCCGGCGAUCUUCAUCCCGCGCCGAAACGGACCGGACCUCCGUCGGGGAUUUAGAAGACAUAACGUCGGCGCGCGCGGGUGCUUUGCACCGCCGGUGCUCCCCGGCUUCGGCGAUGUGGCGGUCACUCGGCUCCUGUUUGCCCCUCGUGGGGCCCUCCUAGGGCCCUAGGAACUCGGCCCUAGGCGCCCUAGGCCCGCCACCCGGCACAGCCGGCACAGCCGCAGACUUGGAGGUGGAGACCCGCGCCGCCGUGGCUCCGCACCCCGUCCCGGCCUUGGCCUGCCCUGCCUGCCCUGCCUGCCCUGCUCGCUCGGUGGGGCGCUUCCAUAAGCAUGCGCUGUUUAUGGUGAGUGCAAGAAACGGUUAGCAGUAGGCGCAUUAGGCGCAAUAGCCUGUUACACAUAGAGACGGAAGUUGGUCUUCACCCCGCAUGCCGCUCCUCCACCCUAAGAUGAGCUCGCGGCUCUCCGCCAUGUUCUACACGGUGGAGGUGGGGGACACCAAGUUUACCAUUCUCAAGCGCUACCAGAACCUCAAGCCCAUCGGAUCUGGAGCUCAGGGUAUCGUGUGCGCUGCAUACGACACAUUGACACAACAGAAUGUGGCCAUCAAAAAGUUAAGCAGGCCCUUUCAAAAUGUCACUCAUGCCAAACGUGCUUACCGAGAAUUCAAGCUUAUGAAGCUUGUAAACCAUAAAAAUAUUAUUGGACUGCUGAAUGCAUUCACACCUCAGAAGUCAUUAGAAGAAUUUCAGGAUGUGUAUCUAGUGAUGGAGCUAAUGGAUGCCAAUUUAUGCCAAGUAAUUCAGAUGGAUUUGGACCAUGAACGAAUGUCCUACCUUCUGUACCAGAUGCUUUGUGGAAUAAAGCAUCUUCACUCAGCAGGAAUUAUUCAUAGGGACCUGAAACCCAGUAAUAUUGUGGUCAAGUCUGACUGCACUCUAAAAAUUCUAGACUUUGGAUUAGCUAGAACAGCUGGAACAACCUUCAUGAUGACCCCAUACGUAGUCACCCGCUAUUACCGUGCUCCCGAGGUUAUUCUGGGCAUGGGAUAUAAGGAAAAUGUGGAUAUUUGGUCAGUAGGAUGCAUAAUGGGAGAAAUGAUUCGAGGCGGAGUCCUUUUCCCUGGAACUGAUCACAUUGAUCAAUGGAACAAAAUAAUUGAACAACUUGGCACGCCCUCAUCAGAAUUUAUGAAACGAUUGCAACCGACUGUGCGAAGUUAUGUUGAAAAUAGGCCAAGACAUGCUGGGUAUUCCUUUGACCGUCUAUUUCCUGAUGCUCUAUUUCCGUCCGAUUCUAAUGAGCACAACAGGCUAAAAGCGAGCCAAGCGAGGGAUCUUUUAUCUAAAAUGUUAGUCAUUGAUCCUGAGAAAAGGUUAUCAGUGGACGACGCAUUAGUGCAUCCUUACAUCAGUGUCUGGUAUGAUGAGGGAGAAGUCAAUGCGCCUGCCCCGGGGCCGUACGACCAUUCGGUGGAUGAACGCGAUCACACUGUGGACCAGUGGAAAGAGCUCAUCUACUCAGAAGUUAUGGAAUACGAAAAACUGCACGGCCAGAACAGCCUGGCCUCACCGGCAGCGAGGGCGACGCCACAGCCGCCCGCGGAGGACGUGGUCGAGGACAUGGUGGACGGGCAGCGUGCCGCAGCCCGACGGUAGAGGUGGAGCCUGGUUAGCGGAGUCGGAGUCGAGUCGGCGAUGCAGGCGAGGCCAGACUGCCAGACUGCCAAACCCAGCCACCGUGAGCAGCCCAAAGGAGCCAGACAUAGAAACAACCCACAGUUCCGCCGACUACGCAUAGCCGCUCUCAAGUCACACUCACAAACUUAAUUCAAGUUUUAAAAAAGACUACUUUUAUCUUAUCCAUUUAUAAUUUUUUUUAAUUUUUUAAAAUGAAACGACUACAAGUGUUUGUUACAUGUGUUCGGUCAGUUUGUGUGUGACACAUGAAGUGAGAAGUGAAGCACACUAUUAUGAAUGAAUUUUAAUGCUGUGUGUGAAUGUGUCUUGUAUGUCUUGUAAUUUUAGAAUCAAUCAGUGGCAAGUGUGUCAAUAGACUCAAUACUUGAAUAAUUUUAACUCUUUUUUUUUUCUUUUCUUUUUUAUUAUUAUGAUGAACCAUGAAUUGUACUAAGUGUGAUUUGGAAGUAAGUGCAUUUUGCACCAUGUGCCAGAUCUCAGGGCUGACAAUUGCCUGCAGCAACGGCACGCUGGUCUCAACACCAACUCCUGUGUAAUACUUAUUUGGCUUGUUUUUCUGUGAGUUUCAUCUCAGGCAACAUUCUAAAUUCCUUUUCCUCAUAUUUGGUAGCAGAGUUUAGAGCUUUCUUGCCACUUAUUAAGUGCUGUAAGAAUAAUAUUGCCCUAUAAUGGAUGGUUCUGGUGUUAGAGAGUACCUGAUGUACGUUGCAGUCAGUCCUACCACAAGUUAUCGAUAUUAGCUGUAAAACUCAAGUAUUACCAAAGAACUGUAUACAAAACAUCUUUUUAAACAUAGAGAGUCGAAUGUGUAUCGACAUGUUGGGAAUCUUGUUACUUUGCUUAUGACUUUCCACUGGUUGACUGGAGGACUCGCCAAUGAAAGGUAGUCAAGAGUUGAUAUAUUGAGGUGUGAAGUGGUUCUUGUGGAUUGAGCCUCUUUAGCUUUAAGUGAGAGUGCAAGUGCAAUAGGCUAAGGUGUAAAGCAAAUUAUCUUUGUGCCACAGCCAUGUUUUAUACUGUUGGGUGGCACAAUUUGGUAAAUUAAUUGUUGCCAUUGGGAAGUUUGAUAAAGCAUAGCUUCCAUAAUAAUUACUUGCUUUGGUCCGAUCCAAUUAAAUUUAGCUAUUUGUAUAAAAUCCGGUCUUUUAAACGGUAUGUGUUGUUGAAGGGAGAAAGGUGAUUUUCUUGUAACUGCUACAGUCAGUUGUGUAUCUUGUUUUUUUUUUUUCUGUUUAUUUAUUUGUUUUAUAAGUAUGUAUUUCUCCUCUGUGAUGUGUAUAGGGCAAACUGAGAAGUUGGAAGCUGGGACACGUUUUAAAAGACAUUUAAAAAAAAAAAACAUUAAAAAUUUAUUAAAAAUGUAAUGAGAAGGAGGUAUUAAGAUAAUUUGUUUGUUUGGGAAAUCACAAGUGACAUAGAACUUUUUAAGAAUACCCAUUUGUGAUACUGACGUUCGUUGACUGCAAUGUUAUCUGCAUAAAGUGGUUUCUUUACUUCAAAAAAAAAAAAGAGUAUAUAUAUAUAUAUACACAUAUAUAUAUACAGGAAAGUGAAACAGGUAUAUAAUUUUAAAUCUGUGUUAUAUUUGGAGAGUUGUGCACAUUGCACAACAAUUUGUCAGUAUUUCAUUGUCUUGUAAUCCACAGUUUUUGACCCUCCUCACAUUUUUUGUUUCUUUAAUCUGUUGAAGAAAAAUUUAGUGCUCUAAGCAACAACUAGAUAUGAGAGUACUGUGUAUUUUCUGGUAAAUUUAGGUCUGUGUGUAAACCUUAAAGAUGAAUGUGUUCUCUUGAAUGAAAUCCGCUAUGAGGAAGUAUUUUUAGCACAUGGACUGGAAUUUAUGGGGAUGUAUUUUGUAUAAGCGGCCCAUACCCCUUUCAAUUGCUUUAUUUUAGUUGAAAGUGUCCGAUAUGGGCUUGUAACUAUGUGUACUUUUGUAAAUAGAACAUGUCCUGCUCCAGCCCUCAUUUGUGAAUUAUUUAUAUAUUAUGGUUAUAAUUGUAGCUCUAUGAAGGCAGUAUGUUAUCAUUCUUAGUGUGUAUUGUACUCUAAUUGACACCUGCUGUAGAUUGUUUUUCCAUGUCUUUGAGUACAAAGUUAUUUGUAUUGAGGGUUUAUGACAAAAUAAUGCUGCAGUUUGAGGAGAAGCUUUUUAAAUAUCAUCUGUCCUGUACUUAAUAGCCCAUUAAUAAAGAUAGUCAGUCAAACUUUUGAUCAUUGAACUUCUAGAAUAAGUUUUUAAAAAAGCAGUGGUGUGUACAAAACUGUACCAACCUGUUUUCUCAUGCUCAUAAUUCUUUUUAUGUUCAGUUGUGGUGCAAACUGUCAAGGAACCAAUUUAUUUAAACAAGUCCAGCCAAAUCCUUCCAUUGUAAGUCACUUGGAUGGGGUGGUUUAUUACUUGUAAGAUGACAAUAUUUUGGAAACAUCUUCAGGGAGCUGUUGACCUUGUAUUUGUGACUAUAGAAAAAGAAAAUUAAUAUGUAGUGUGCAAGUUAAACUCCCAGUUCUACUCUUUAAUCCGUAAGAAACAAAAAGUAUAUUUAUAAAAAUUUUAUCUAACCUGGAUAAAUUGAAGGAUUUAAGAAAGUGUCCCAACUAGAAAAACCCUUGUGUUAAAAAAAAAGAGCUUGUUGACUUACAUACUUGUCACUUCUUUCACCCUAGCACCAGGCAUCACAGAAUAAAGUGAAAUUGAAACUAAAGUGAAA